CUCCAUUAAAUCGUUAACGUUUAGCAAUUCUUCCAUUUUCUUAAUUAAUUUGAUCGUACUUCUAUGUGUACGCGGUGUAAAGAAUAAUGAUCGAUAAAAUUCACGAAAACAUUGGUCCUCGGACUUCAAUUACAUUCGGUAGAGCCGUAGAUACAGUUUGCGAAUUGUUGCUAAUCGAAGUUCACGGCCUUGCGACAUAAUUAAUGAGUACCGUACUUAAUUUUGCCUUCGCAUGUUUUUUCAUCGUCUAUUGACUUCCGUGAAAAGUUUCUUCGAAUUACGAAUUCAUAGAGUGCGAACAGUAUUUUCUUAGCCAAGUAUAUAAUACUGUAUGUAUUACAAAUGGUAAAAUGGCUCUGACGAUGACCAAAAAAAUGGCCCCUCGCUACAGAACCUUUCUCAGCUCCUUGUUAGCAAAUUCCAACAAUUUAUGCACGUAGAACAACCGCAAGAGAUUAGGACUUUUUGACGGCGCCAACUUGCUUGUGACCACAAACGGAACAAACCGCAAAGACGUCGCCCUAACCCACUUAUAAAGACAUCACUGGAGUGUCAAGUUAUCAAAACCACUUCCAACCAGACAUUGCUGCGUUAAAACAGAGGAUCAAGCUGUGCGUUUUCAUAAAAAUAUUCAAACAUUCGACCUGGACAAUAAUUUAAGUUGGACAUCAGUCCGAAGGAAGACAUCCUCAAAGUAUGAAGGAGAGGAACCAUCGACUAGUUUAAGGAAGCCAAGUAAGUCCAAUUCGAAGCAGAGAUCGCUGGUAUUUACGCAAUGCUGCAGGGUUGGUCGUUGAUGGCUUUGCUGGGCGCCGUGAUGGUGCUGGCGUUGCCUUGCUUAGGGUACACCGCGAAACGCUCAGAGAACCUCAGCUCUGCUUGGAACGUAGCCCUGUCUCUGGAACCGGAGCAGAAGAUUACUGUCGAUCAGGCCUCGAGCGAGAAGACGUCAGGUAUCGACAAGGUCCUGCAAACCUCGGAUACACCAACAACAACAAAGACAGCAGAGCAGAUGGGUCCUGAGAACGCGACGCGCGAAAGGAGGUCAGCCUUCAUCUUGGAAAACGUCGAAAUCGAGGAGCAUCCCGUGCAGAUCGUCAAAGAUCCUGGAACCAGUCCUGUGGACGAGAACGUGAUUAACGACAGCGUCCCUUCCAGUCCACAGAACGUCGUUCUUCUUUUGAUCGCAGAUUCAGGACAGGAUCGAGAGAACGUCUGGAAGGACUUGAAGGCUUUGCACUCGUUCCCCGUCGAAGGAUUCGUCGUGAGCUGCUAUAAUACUGACAUAGACGCGACGCGGUUCUCCUUGGACGACGCAUUGGUUUCUGGAAACAAGGACAAGAAAUGCGAUUGCGAGCACUUCCUACGCUCGAAUAUCGCCUCGUUGCUGUUCUGGGCCCGCGACGUCAAAGGAAUGACAAUAGGCACGUUGUCCAACUCGAAUUUCACGAUCCCGUCGAUGUUCGGCUACGAGGAGUCGGUGGACAUCUCGAAAGAACUCGACGAGACCGACGAGAACAACGCCAAGUCGAAAAUUCACGAAGUUAAACCGGAAACUCGAAGCGACUGGCAUGUGAUCGAUAUAGGGAAGCCGAGCAAUCGCGACUCUUCGCUGGCGUAUAAGCGAAACAAACGAGAGGACGGAUUGGGCGACCCUGCAUCGAACGUCUUCGACAUGUUCUCCAGAAUAAGAAUCGCCCUGUUCCGUUCCCUGCUCGAAUCCUUCCGUGGUGGUGUCGGUGCUCCAGAUGACUUCGUUAAUCCCCCUCGCAAAUCGCAUCCCGUGCCAACCAAUUUGGUUGACGUAGUUACCGAACUCAAAUCGCUUCCAAAUGAGAAGGGCUUCGUUUUGGUCGCCACGGUGUCGCCAAGCGAACUGUAUUUCGCUUGGGAGUUCCUGCAACGCGAGCUGUCGCAAGACACGCUUUUGGUGAUAGCUGGCGUUUGCAAGCACGAUGCAAAGGCAAUACCGUUCGUCGCCCAAGGACCAGCCUCGAGGAUGUUGCACGAGGCCACGACGAUUUGGGAUCUUCCUACGAUCAUCAGGAACGCUAUUCCAAAUAGCUGCCAGGACCUGAGAUGCAAGAUUCGUCGCCACGAAGACGUUCAGCUUCCUAUCGCCCAGCUGAAGAUCAUCCCUCAGGAUGAAUUCUUCAGAAGGGUGUCGCGAAACGCAGCAGAACCAGAAAAAGUGGAGCAGACGAAUGACGACAAAACGAACUCAUCAAAUGCUAAGGUGGAGGAGCCUAAGAAACCUGAGGAUUCGAAUGCCAAGUUGGAAACGAAGCAAGAUCAAAAGAGGGAUGAAUCGCCAAAAGAGAAAAACUCGUCAGACCUGAAGAAAGCAAACAAAUUCACAGCGAUUUUUAGCACAGCCGCAUCGAUCGUUGUCACGUUUGCCCUUGCUGGCUAAAAAGGCUAUUAACGAUGAUUUUCACCAUCAAAAUUUAAUUUUGUAAUUUAAUCCAUUCAUUUCAUA